AUGGGCGGAUGUGACGGAAACGGAAACCUUCAUGAGGAGAAGUUCAGUGCACCAAUGCCUUGGAUUGGCAUGUAUGUAGCAGCAGCAUCCUUUGCAUGCCUUAUUGCAAUGGCUGCAGAUGUAGUACUCGGCUUUCGAUACCACAAACUCUGGUUUCCUUCCAAAUUCUUCUCCAUCAAUGCUACUACUCUCACCUUGCUAGGAGUGGCUAUCAAACUAUCAGUUGAUCUCAACACUCCCAUGCCCAACAACCAUGAUCAGCUUGCAAAACUCAGCAGUUCAGUCUUCAUCUGCACAGCAAUGUCCAACUCCAUGCCUUCCCUUGGAGCCAUGGAGAAUGAAGAAAUGUUUAUGAAUGUGAUUGCUUUAGGGAUUCUAGUCAUAACCCUUAUUGUCAAUAUAUGCAUCCAAAUAGCUACUGCUGUUCCAACCACAAAGAAUUAUCUAGAAAAGAAGUACAAUAACAGGCAUCAGUUGGCUUUGAAAGAGGGUGCAAACCAAAUAAUGAAGGCUGAGAAACUUAGAGAAGCAUUGACUAAACAUUGGGUAAUGGCUCAUACUUGUAGUCCCCAAUUCGUGAUGGGCCGCUCGGUGAUAUGCACUGCUUCUGGAGCUUUCUGUCUUCUCAGCACCAUGUUUCUGGCUGAAGUCAUGCUUCGAACUUUAGUAAUGACUUCAUCAUUUAAGUUUUGCAGUGGAGAAUCUGACUACAAGCUCACUACAACUUUGAUACUUUUCACACAAGCUGUUGCAGUUGGAGUUGGUACUAUUGCUCCUGCAUUCAGGUGGUUCAUGGCCAUAAACUUUAAGUGCCCAAAAAGAGGAAGCAUAAGUGUCAAAAAGGAAUUCGAGAUUGAGAAGUACUGGAUUCAGGGGCUGUUGGAGUUGAAAAAGCAGCCAUUAACCCUAAGAAUCAAAAGUAGGCACUACAGGAAACUUGCUUAUGAAGCAAGAAACAUGCUUGUGGACAUUUGUAUUGCUAUGCAGAAAGGGAUUGUCUUGGUGAGUAAGGCUAUUCGAUUUAUUUCCAUUUUAUUUGUGAGCCGAAUAUAUCUGUGCUGUGACAUUUUCAAAGAGUGGAAGAUCAAGAAGUUUGAAUGUAACACCGGGCCACAAUCUGAGCAAAAUCAAAGGCCAGACUUUAGUAGUUAUGUUUUGUUUCUUGAAGGUGAAAAGGCAUUGGUUGAGUUCAUGAUGAGAACAAAUUGUAAUGCUACUGAAUAUUGGCUUCAAAAGGGAAGGAAAGAAGAGCCUGAAAAUCUCCUCAAACUCUUGCAGAAAUCCACAUUCUCGCAAAGUUUCAAAGGAUUAGCUGAAUUUGACAGUGACCAAGUUCCCUCCUUGGACUCUGAAGAACCCCCAAACUGUUGGGCACUUCCUGUUGUGACAUUAACAAGUAUUGCUCUUGCACUCUCAAGUAACAACACUUGCUCAAUCGAAAUGUUGGUAGAUGGCUUAAACCAAGGGCUAGUGUACAUAAAUGCCAUUGAAGAUCACUUGGAUCAUAAAAGUGAUUUUACAUACACCAGGAAGGCAGCAAACAUUGUGUGGCUGCAAGUCGAUCUCUAUCACACAUGGCUAGAUGUGGAUCUCAAAAACCUGUCACUACUAGGAAAGAGCCCCAGAGAAGUACUUAAAGAACUUGCUGAAACUUCAAAGUCUAGAUUUGAAGAAUCUAAAAGGAAGCGUAGAGAUAAAUUUGGGUGUGUAAUGGAUGUGAGUCCUUCAAAAUGGUCUGUUAAGGAAUUGGCUUCUAACUCCAUGCAUAGGAUAUGUCAGACUCUUCUGCUUAACCAGACAUGCGACGAUAGAUUAUUUGAAGCACUGGUGGUGAUGAUCUCUGACAUUGUUGGUGCUUGUCUCACUAAUUCACAGAGAGUUAUAGCAAUGAAGUGUUUCAACAGCAAAAUUGAAGAGAGGGAAGCAACUGUGAGGCACGCAGUUCACACUCUUGGUAAGACUGAGAGGAUUCUAGAGAUUGUUAACAAGGGAAUUCCUCCAGACUUGGAUCCUCAACAAAUGGGAUGCAUUGAUGAAUGGCGUUUGUCACAUAAACGGAAGAUGAUUCCCUCGACCUUCUGUUUCUCAUCAGACUCAGAGUGUGACGGAUCGCCUCUUCUAGUUAAAGUGAUUUCUCCCCAACACAAAUGCGGAGUUUAA